AUGGCUGUAAUUUAUUCUUCUCCGACAACAAUAUGUCCUGAUGUAAGUGCUACCAAUCGUCCCAACUAUUGCAAGAAAGCUUGUACAAGAGAUGAGCAAUGCAAGAAAAACAGUAAAAGAUGCCUUUGUGAUGGUCCUUGCGGCUUGUCAUGCGUCAAUCCAUCAAUAACUUGUCAUCCAUUGGUCGAUCUACCGAACGGUUUUAUCAGAACACCUGGCGAUUUUCUGUUCGGCUCGAAUGCAGAGUAUGGUUGUAAUGAGGGAUAUGUGUUAGUUGGUCCAUCACAACGACGUUGUCAAGCAAAUCGUGAAUGGAGUGGUACUAAGCCUGAGUGCAGAUUACUAAAAAAGUGCGGUCCACCACCAGAAAUACCUUAUGCACAACAUGAUGGCAAUUCAUACAGCGGUCAAUAUGAGCUAGAGACCGAAGUGCAUUACAAUUGCGUGUCAGGUUAUCAUCGUUAUAACAAUAAAGGAAUAACGAUAGCAAAAUGUUUACUGAAUCGAGAAAAAGCAGCGCAAUGGUUUGGUCCAGAUUUACGGUGUCGAGCUCGGAGCUGUCCCGAUCCGGGGAAUAUCAUGAACGGAGUGCGGAAAGGAGAACUAUACUAUUAUCCACACACAGUUGAAAUAGUAUGUCUUCCCGGUUAUCAGUUGAUUGGAUCACCAACACUUCGUUGCUUGAACAGCGGACAAUGGAGUGCUCAAGUACCUCACUGCAAAGCAACGGAAUGUAAAAGACCAUCGGAUCCACUGCAUGGCAAAGUACUUGGUAGUUCAUUGACUUAUCAGUCUCGUAUCACAUAUUCAUGCAAAACAGGUUACCGACUUGUUGGUCAGGUGCAGAGGAUAUGUCUUGCCGAAGGUGUUUGGGGUGGUAAUGAACCAACUUGUGAAGAAAUUCGAUGCCCACCACUGCCUCAACUACACAAUGGAUACAUCGAAGGUGAUGACACGCAUUUCGGAGCAGUUGUUGUGUUUCGUUGUUUAGAAGGAAUGAAUCACAUUGGUGCACCUUAUGCAAAAUGUGAAGACGAUGCACGCUGGUCAAAUCCAAUGCCUAUUUGUUUAAGUGGGUGCCGUAUACCUGAAAUAAGCGAUGGACACGUUGUUAACCAUAUACCUUCACAGCUUGCUUUACACGGAGAACGACUGAGAGUAGAGUGUGCACCAAAGCAUGAAAUAGCUGAAAUGGAAACGACUAUAGUCUGUCGAAAUGGUACUUGGUCACAUAUGCCAACUUGCAUACCAGUGCGAUGCAAAUCUUGGCCACCAAGAAUGCCAAAUGCCAAAGUUGUAUUCACAAAAUCGUCGCACGGAGCAUUUGCGCGAUAUGAAUGUAAUGAGGGCUAUCGACCAUCCGGGGUACAUAAUACUGUCAAGUGUUUAUAUGGGAAGUGGUCCAGUGAAGGCGAGACAUUUUCAUGUCUCCCAGUUCUCUGUGAACAUCCGCUUAAGACAUUUGGGGUCUUGGAAGGUGGACAAAUAAUGCUGGAAGGACAGAUGGGGGCUUAUGACUAUGCUCAAUAUAUAUCGGAAGUGGAAGAAGGUCGUUCAAUUUCAUUUCAAUGUAAAAAAGGAUUUGUGUUACUCGGAUCACCAAAAGCAACAUGUGUCAAUGGAAAUUGGAUGCCACGGAAGAGGCCGAAAUGCGUGUCACAAACUCAUCCGAUGGUGGAAGGACAAAUUGCUUGGAUACGACGUCGCCGUUCUGUUGAGUGUGAACCGAUUUUAGUUGAUUACGGACGAGAAAUUGUUGUCACGAAAGGUAAUGACAAUCCAGCUGAAAUUAUGGUAAUAUGUUCUGAAGGUUUUCACCUCGAAGACUCGCGAGCAGAUGGAAUUGCAUUUUGCAAAAAUGGACGGUGGACUCCAGAAGUUCCUAAUUGUAUUCCCGAUGAUUGUCGGAUACCGAUACGCAGUCACGUCUUCUUCCUUGACAUACGCUCAGAGCGAAUCUUACAAUCAGGUGAUAUUAUGCUGCACGGUAGUAGGACGAGGAUGGUUUGUUUACACGGUUAUGAACUACAUGGGAAUGAUAAAUUCGAAUGCAAUCAUGGAGUGUUUACUCAGCAAGUCGGACAUUGUAGGCCAAAGUAUUGCAAACUUGAAGCAGGUGAGGACAACAGGUACAAUUCUAAUAAGACAGAAUUGCACCAUAAUGAAGAAAUUGAUAUGAUGUGUGGAACAAACAUUGUUCGAUUAAAAUGUCGCUUUGGUGAAAUACACCCCAAUUUUGGGUGCAAUGAUUAUGAAUCACCAUCGACAUCAUGUCUUCGUCCAAAUGAUGACCAGCCAUUUGUCGCAUAUCGUACAACAAAUAUUAGUGGCCAUCCGAUUCGCUUAGAUAUGAGCGUACAACAGGCCACUUUUCCGAAAAAUACUAUAAUUCAGUAUAUCUGUGUGGACAAUGAAUAUAAAAAUAAAGCGAAUGCUAUCGAAUGUCGGAAUGGUAAAUGGUUCACACGUCUUCUACCCUGUCUAAAAGCGUCUGCGGCUGCAUUUGCCACGCAGUCUGAUGGAAUGUGCAACAUGCCUAAUCUUGCUUCCUUCUACAAAAUUCUUAAUAUCAAAAAUGCUCACUUUUCAACAAAGUCACGCUUUGCUCGAGGGACAACUUUAAAGAUAGGCUGUGCUGUGGGGUUUUUGAUAGAAGAAGCUAAAACAAUGGAAAUGCGCUGUCGUAGAGGCAAGUGGGUCACCGCUGGUAUGCUGCAUUGCUAUUCAGAUGUACAUUCGUGUGAAUAUCGAAUGAGUGAGAAAUCACAUUUAAUUGCAUUUUCCUCCAAAUAUAGGCAACAGAUUACUUUUAAUCAGCGAUUCAUUGAUGGCACAGAAUUAAUAUUCUCGUGUCAAGAAUAUGGUAUGCAACAGUUUAUGGGAAACACUGUUAUCACAUGUAGAGGAGGCACAUGGGUGCCGAAAAUACCCAAAUGCAUCACACUGGAUCCGCAUAAUGAAAAUGAUGGUGCGCCACCAAUAAAUUUGGAAUUAGGACGAGGUUUGCAUACAAUAACACCACGUGGGCACCUUGUGGUGAACAUAUCAACAACUCUUCGACUUCAGUGUUUAUUUCCUCGAAAAAAAGGCCAGCCCAGAUGGGAAGUUUCAACAACGUACCGUAAAUAUCCACAAUCAUGGGUUGAGAUCAAUUUGCCUGGAAAAUCCGACAUGGAUGCCUACGAAUUGACUGUAACAGCAGCACGUCCUGAAGAUGGAGGAUUUUUCCAUUGUAUUCUUCCGAAUGGACAUCGCAAUACUGUCAAAAUCAUUGUGAAAGAUCAGAAAUGCAUGCCAUUUACAAACUCAACAAAUUUACAAAUCUUCUAUACAAGUCCCCAUUUAUUUAUUGGAACAGUCGCACAGUUUUCAUGUGGAAGCGGUUUUUAUGUUGAUGGACCACGUUCGUCGACAUGUCUAAGCUCCGGAAAAUGGUCUCAUACUUUACCAAAAUGUCGAGCAUUGCAGUGUCCACCACUAGUGAUUAUGGAUCACGAAAUGAAAGUAGUGGUUACAACGUUCAGAGUUGGAGGCACCGCACGAUUUUCUUGUUCAUUAACACACUUUCUGGAUGGGAAUCGAACAUUACAAUGUCUUCCACAUGGAGAAUGGUCGGGAAUUGUACCGCAGUGUAAAAAUGUGAAAUGUCAAACACCAAAGGUACCGAGGAAUGUGGCAGUAGUUGGAGAGGUGAAGGAUGAGUAUAACGUACGGGAAGUGCUUGUAUUUGAAUGUAGACAUGGUUACAUGUUAACUGGUAUCGACUACAGCGUAUGUCAAGCAAACGGUAACUGGACUUCUGUCGACGUAAAAUGUAUACCAGUCUGUCGUUUUCCUGGAAAACCUGAACAAGGGGAUAGCACCUCACCAGCUAAACCAUAUUAUCUCAUUGGAGAGAAAGUGGUAUUCUACUGUACUUCUACAGAAUACCGUCUAGCUUCGGAAAAUGUACUCGAAUGUAUAUCUUCUGGAAAAUGGAAUCGAAAAGUACCGAAAUGUGUCUCUAUCGACAAAAGCCAAUAA